GGGUUACUAACUUAUCAACUGCAGUGAUUCACUUAAUGACUGAGGCAACAAAGGUCGUAAAGUGGAGCAAAACUCUCUUAACAAAUGUCUUGCUUAACAACAGAAAUUUUGAGCUGAAUACCUCAUGUCUGAUUCUAGCACAGGCCAGUUUCCAAGCCCAGAACAAGGUAUAUAUUUUUUAUUUGUAAUCAGGACAAUUGAUUAAGUUUUUAUUUGUGAGAUUUGAAUGUUUUAUUAAAGACUUGGAUUUUAUUGAUUGAAAUUUUAGAGGUCUUUUUUUUUAAUCAAGCAAGUAUCUUGCCAGAUGUUGGGAAAAUGAAUUUAUUGCAAUUCACUUUGGAUUAAAAAGCCUUCCACUCGUGUUACAUUCCAUUCUUAAUACAGAGGAUAACUCCACUGUGUUAAAAACCUUGGAUAACAUUUGUAUGACGUUGGUCUUGGUAAUAUUUUUUGGUUUUUUUGAAGCUACGGCACCAUUUGGGAAUAGGCUAAGAUCUGUUGAUCUUGAGUAAAAGUUUGUAAUUCCAAUUUUCCAACUUUGUUUUCUUAAUAAAAUAUUUUUUCAGUGUCUAAGCAUAUGGCAGCAAAUGUAAUAAGAGCUAUAAUUCUGCAAAUUUCAAAAAAUAAAUCUCAUUGUUAUUUACAGGGCAGGCUCUGUCCGUCUACUGAAGUAAUAGGAAGAUAUUAAAAGGCAAAGAUGCCUCAAACUUUCUUCACAAGUGUAAAGGAAAACAGAAUUCUGAACUGUCACCUUGGAUUGCUUCUAUAUGUGGAAUAUGAGAAGGAACUAUUUUUGUCCUUUGCUUCCAGCAGAAAAAUACCACGACCCAUAAAGCUCUAGUUUAUCGUAUAGCCUCCAUAAAAUAAAGCAAACAUGGAAGAUUUUAGAGAAAACCAUUUUUAUUUGAUAUUCCACUUUUUUGCUUGGUUCCAAAUAAUAUUCUGCAUCAGCACAACAUUAUGCUGUGGGGGUAAACCGUCUUUCCACAAGACAAGAACAAUUUUGUAUGGAAAAACAGCUUUUCAUCAGGACAGCAAACACACAUCAGGCCAUUUUAACUCCUAAGGUUAUUAAAACAUAUAUAAGUAUUUAAUAAAUCCUGUGGACAAGAUGUCUUGUUUCUCAGAUGUUUGUUUGAAUCAUCAUAUCUACCAGCCUCCUGUUGUGCUUGGGUAUCCUUUCCCUCAAAUAUUCACUAUCCUUCCAGGGCCCUAUAGUCAGCAGCAUUUAUGACUGCAGAUGUGAUGGUGAGGCACUUUCAUUUGUAGAUGCGAUGAUGAACUCACAUGUAUGCAUUAACCUCUGGAAGGAGAUUCAGGGGUUAGUGUUACUGGAUCACAUCCCAAGUCUUGAUCUUGAUCUGAAGGGCUGCAUACUUUUUGUCUUGAGUAUCUUGCAGGCAGCAGCAGGAAAGCUGUCUACUUAAGUUGUUUUAGUUAUCAAGAUAGUUUUUGCAACCAUAAGCAACCUGUAUGCAUCCCAACUUAUAGGAAGAUAGGAAAGCAUCUUCCUUUGCAUGGCCCAGUUAGGUGUGUCAUCCCAAAAUGACCACUUGGAAAAAUCUAAUUAACUAAAAUCUCUUCCCCCUCCCUUUCUGGAUGUGGACUCUUUGUAGAGAGCAGGAAAGCCUAUUGGUUUUUUAAAAAUAAAUCUGUGAGCAUGUAACAGUUUGACACUACUUUCAUUCUAAUAUUGGAAUGCCUUAUAUAUAUCUUAUGCAUAAAAAUGAAGGAUCUCAGUCCUCUUCUCCUGCCCUUUGAGAUAUAUCCCUGUGCUUUUAUUGCCUUAGUCGAGCUCCACGUUUUAUUUUUCAGGCUGAUCUCCUAAAUCAGAUUUUAAACUCGCUGAUUCGUUUGGCUGGCUUAGAAAACAAAUCCAGCCCUCACACUGCCUACGUUUUGAGGUUGAUCGCUGCAACCGAAUGCACAGCACGCACUUCCAAGCAAGGAAUGGAAGGAGACGAAGCUGCGACGGAAACUUUGCUUCCGAAAACCCCGCUAACCUUUCCAGCAUCCGCCGAUGCUGCUUGCAAAAAUUAUUGCUACUGCUACUGUUUGCUGCUGAUGCACAACCUGCUUUGUUUAAUAUUAUUCCUUAGCUCUCUUUCGCGUGUUUUUUUUUUUAAAGCCUACAUCUGAAGCUGUUUUCCUUGGCUGAACUUUGCCCGUCAGUGGUCGUCUUCAUAUCCCGUUCAACAAACUGGCGGACGCCUUAAAAAAGCAAACAACACAAAAGCAACUUUCCUUCCCUUUCUCGCGCUCUGCACGCUUGGCAGCGGAAAGCGAAAGAGGCAGAGACUGGGAAAAGCGCCGCAAUUAUUUCUCAUCACCGUUACUGUCACCCCCGCCGAACCUGCUUUCCAUCUUUGUUUCCGGAUUCGGGCGACCUUGGGGGCCACUGCGAAGCAAUCACGCCCGGGCUCCGAUUUCUCCCCCGCUCCGGUCACUGUCUGCUCCGUAAAGUUCUGCUCCGCUCCGCUUAUCUCAACAGACAGCAGCUGCAUGGCGAACGGGGCACACCGGACAGGCGCGCGUGUUUUCCUAAGGCUAUCAGGGCAGCAGAUCAGAAGCAGCCUGGAUCCUGGCCCUGCUGCUCGGAAGAAGUAAGCAGGAUGCUGACGGCGAAGAUUCUCCUGGACGGUUUUGCUAAUUAAAAGGAGGGAGGGGGAGGAGGCGGACCGGUGGUGGGGUGGGGGUAGGGAAACUCAGAAAAAAAUAAUAAAAAAAAACCACGGGGAAGCCUUUGCACUUUUCCUUCCUCUCUCCUUUGCUGACGCGUUGCCACCACUGCAGGGUUGCCGUGCUCCUGAUCGUCCUCCCCCCCCCCUCCGGGCUUCUCUUUUUCUCCUCUCGGCAAUUUGCUGAUGUGCAACCCGACUCUAGCGCCCAACAUCGGGAACAGCGGAAAGCUCGGCGACAGGCGACCGGGAGAAGGGAUUCGUCCAACGACUUGGCUCGGUCGCCGAUCCCUGGGCAGAAAAGACCCCCGGCGGCCUGGUGUCGCCGCCGCUGCUUCUUCUGCCACCCCGGCGGCGGCUGUGGCGGGAACGCAGAAAAGUUUGCUUGGCCUUUGACAGAGGCGAGGAGGGGAGCCGGGCGCCGUGAGAGGGCAGGCGGGCGAGAGUCAGCGCCUCUCCACUUUGCAACUUCCCUCCUCGCCCGCCCAGAGAAGAGCGGGGUCGGACCCCUUCGCCCUCCACGCGCGCGCGCGCGCACACACACACACACACACACACACACACACACACACACACACACACACACACACACACACUCCCGCCCACGCGCACAGCGCGGCAGCCUCCCGAUUGAUUUGCAUGGGGGGAAGCCCCAGCUCCGGGUCCGAUCCCCCUGGAGAAGAGAAGCCUGUCGGCGCGGACUAGACAUUCGCUGCCCGUUCUACCCACUGCGCCGCUUCUCCCCCAGCCCCCUCCGCCACACGUAGACUCCGCCGCUCCCGGCACCCGGCGCCUCGCCUCCCUCUCUCUCCCAUCCCUUUGCUGAGGAGCGUGAACAUGUUUUGCUGGAGGAUGGCUCUGUGGCUGGCUGGGGUGGCCCUCUGGAACAAACUCUCCCGCUCCCGCUGCUCCGGCUUGGAUUUCGACUACGUUUACGAUUUCAGCGAGGAGGAUCAGGCUGAAGCCAUAGAUUACAAAGAUCCUUGCAAAGCCGCUGUCUUUUGGGGAGAUAUUGCCUUAGAUGUUGAAGACUUAAAAAUCUUUCAGAUUGAUAGGACAAUUGAUCUUACACAACAUUCAGAGGGAAAAACUGGACAUAAUACUGGUGGCUUUGAAGAACGUGAGGUAUCAGAAAAAAGCAAUGUUCUCUAUCAGCUUAUAGACAGGAUAAGAAGAAUUGAGUCAGAUUUUGAACAAAAUAAUAAAACAAAGGCAAGACCAACUUUAACCUUCUCAGGGAACAACGAGAGAAAAAGAUUUUCCCGGGCAGCUACAUCGCGCACAGAAAGAAUAUGGCCAGGAGGUGUUAUUCCAUAUGUCAUAGCAGGAAAUUUCACUGGCAGCCAGCGAGCAAUGUUCAAGCAGGCAAUGCGACACUGGGAAAAAUAUACCUGUGUUACAUUCAUUGAACGAAGUGAUGAAGAAAGUUAUAUAGUGUUUACAUACCGGCCUUGUGGAUGCUGCUCCUAUGUAGGCCGAAGGGGCAAUGGUCCUCAAGCAAUUUCUAUUGGCAAGAAUUGUGAUAAGUUUGGAAUUGUUGUUCAUGAAUUGGGACAUGUAAUAGGAUUUUGGCAUGAGCACACGAGACCAGACAGAGAUGAUCAUGUCGCCAUCAUCAGAGAGAACAUUCAACCAGGUCAGGAGUACAACUUUUUGAAGAUGGAGCCCGGAGAGGUGAAUUCUCUGGGAGAAUCAUACGAUUUUGAUAGCAUUAUGCACUAUGCCAGGAACACCUUCUCAAGGGGUAUGUUUCUGGAUACAAUACUUCCCUCCCGGGAUGAUAAUGGGAUCCGACCGGCCAUUGGUCAGCGCACACGAUUAAGUAAAGGAGAUAUUGCACAAGCUAGAAAGCUGUACAGAUGUCCAGCAUGUGGCGAAACCUUGCAAGAGUCUACGGGCAACUUUUCCUCGCCAGGAUUUCCAAAUGGUUAUCCGUCAUACACACAUUGCAUAUGGAGAAUUUCAGUGACUGCUGGAGAAAAGAUUGUUCUAAACUUUACAACAAUGGACCUCUAUAAGAGCAGCCUCUGCUGGUAUGACUACAUUGAAGUAAGAGAUGGCUACUGGAGAAAAUCACCUCUGCUUGGCAGAUUCUGCGGAGAUAAACUCUCAAAUAUCCUCACAUCUAGCGAGAGUAGGAUGUGGAUCGAGUUCCGCAGCAGCAGCAACUGGGUAGGAAAAGGUUUUGCAGCCAUUUAUGAAGCAAUUUGUGGAGGUGAGAUACAUAAAAAUGAAGGCCAGAUCCAGUCUCCUAAUUAUCCCGAUGACUACAGACCAAUGAAAGAAUGUGUGUGGAAAAUAGCAGUAUCAGAGAACUACAAUGUCGGAUUAACCUUUCAGGCAUUUGAGAUUGAGAGACAUGAUAAUUGUGCCUAUGAUUAUUUAGAAGUCCGAGAUGGAAUGAGUGAAAGCAGCCCUUUGAUUGGACAUUUUUGUGGCUAUGAUAAACCUGAAGAUAUAAGAUCUACCUCAAAUACCCUGUGGAUGAAGUUUGUUUCUGAUGGAACAGUCAAUAAAGCAGGAUUUGCUGCUAAUUUUUUUAAAGAGGAAGAUGAAUGUGCCAAAUUGGACAAUGGUGGAUGUGAACAACGAUGUGUGAAUACGCUGGGCAGUUACCAGUGUGCUUGUGAUCCAGGUUAUGAGCUUGGGCCUGAUAAGAAGAGUUGUGAAGCUGCCUGUGGGGGUCUUCUGACAAAACUGAAUGGGACUCUAACAACACCAGGAUGGCCCAAAGAAUACCCUCCUAAUAAACACUGUGUGUGGCAACUUGUUGCUCCCACCCAGUAUAGAAUCUCAGUGAAGUUUGAGUUCUUUGAACUGGAAGGGAGUGAAGUGUGCAAAUACGAUUACGUGGAAAUCCGUAGUGGCCUUUCUACUGAUUCCAAACCACAUGGCAAAUUUUGUGGUACAGAAGUGCCUGAAGUUAUCACAUCCCAGUAUAACAACAUGAGAAUUGAGUUCAAAUCUGAUAACACAGUUUCAAAAAAAGGUUUCAAAGCUCACUUCUUCUCAGAUAAAGAUGAAUGUUCAAAGGACAAUGGUGGCUGCCAGCAUGAAUGCAUUAACACUUUUGGAAGCUAUGUAUGCCAAUGUCGGAAUGGAUUUGUGCUUCAUGAAAACAAACAUGACUGCAAGGAAGCUGAAUGUGAACAGAAAAUCCACAGCCCAAAUGGAAUUAUCACAAGCCCCAACUGGCCAGACAAGUAUCCAAGCAGAAAAGAAUGCAGCUGGGAAAUAAGUGCCACACCUGGUCACAGGGUCAAAGUAGUAUUUAUUGAGUUUGAAAUUGAACAACAUCAGGAAUGUGCUUAUGACCAUCUGGAGGUGUUUGAUGGAGAAAAUGAAAAAUCCCCAAUUCUGGGGCGUUUAUGUGGAAAUAAGAUACCAGAUCCUCUUAUUGCCACAGGAAAUAAAAUGUUUCUUCGAUUUGUCUCUGAUGCAUCAGUUCAAAGAAAAGGCUUCCAAGCAACCCAUUCAACAGAGUGUGGUGGUCGGCUGAGAGCUGAAAGCAAGAUGGGAGACCUUUACUCUCAUGCUCAGUUCGGAGAUAAUAAUUACCCAGUUCAAACAGAUUGCGAGUGGUUGCUGGUGUCAGACCAUGGCUAUCGAAUAGAGUUAAUUUUUCAGACGUUUGAGGUGGAAGAAGAAGCGGACUGUGGGUAUGACUACUUAGAAGUCUUUGAUGGUCAUGAUACAUCUGCUCUGAGGAUUGGCCGGUUUUGUGGAUCAGGGCCCCCUGAAGAAAUUUAUUCAGCAGGUGAUUCUGUUUUACUCCAUUUUCAUACAGAUGACACCAUUAACAAAAAAGGCUUUCAUAUACGAUACAAAAGUAUAAAGUAUCAAGAUAAUGUUCACACUCAAAAAUAACACAAGACACCCCUUAAGUCACAAAAUUAAGCAGAGAAUGACUGUUUGAAGAGGUGGAGGGAUUCUUUAAAGAAAUACUGACAAUGUUAAUAAAAAAGCAAAGAUUUUUAUCCCAUGAUUUCAAACAGAAGAAAAACUGAAACAUCUCAUUCUUGGAUAAACUCCUCUGGGUAGAGGAACAGACAUUAUGGCCAAGACAUAUGGUCUCCGUUCAUGGUUGUCUUCGCAAACUGAUGAAAAGAUAUUGCAUGCUUCGAAGGAGACUAAGAGCUUUGUUCACAGCUUGACAAAUGUCAGGGUUGUUUCCAUCUUCAACAACAGGAAAAGAUCCUGCUGACUGUAACUUUUUGACAAGUGACUUGAGUCCAGGAGAGGAGAAAAACUCACCUGCUACCAGGUCAUGCACUUGAAAUGUUGUCUUUGUAUUUUUCCUAUUCUAAUUGCAUUGGUGGCAUAUCCAAGAUUUAAAAUGUACAGAGAAAAGUUGAGAGAAGAGGAAACCUGAUUCUUUUUUUCUAUCUCUCCACGUAUUCAUAUAAAAUCUGGAAACCUGUAUCUGCAAAAUCAUUAAAUCUGUGGGCAGUUUUGGUUACAAUAACAAAGUAGAACUGAUUGUUUUACAUUCGUGAUCACUAUGAAUGCAUUCAGACUUUGGAUAUUGUUAGUAACUGAGUGUAUGAAGUGUAUUACUGCUGAAGUACUGUAGUAUGCUAAGCUCUCACAUAAGACUAAGAACCAAAUCAGAAUUGGUCUUCUGCCAGCUGAAGGCAGACUUCUUCCUAGUGAUCAGCAGAUGGAAUCAGGACCAGAAUAACCCCAAACGUCAAUCAUAAAUUUCAUUCCAGUGGCAAAAAUGAACUGUUAAUCUACAUUUCCUUGGAAAUGUUUGUGAAUGAACUAAUUAUUUUAUUAUUAUUUUAAGCCAAUAAAAAAGAAGAAAGAGUUGUUUUGGGCAAACAAAAAGGAUUCCCAAGCAAUUGAAAAGAAGAUUUUUUUUCCUUUUGUGGUGGCAAAGACUAUUUCUAUGGUGCUAUUCCAUGAACUUUAAAAGAAAUCUCUAUAUCCCAAGAUACUAGAUUUUUGAGCCAAUAACCUGCUAAUCAGAAAUGACUCAUUAUGCCUUGUUGCAUAUUAAAAGGAACAGCUUUCUAGACAUGAAAAAAAGGAAUUAUAACAAUGGCAGCACAAACUCUGUGGAACAAACUACAAUUGCCUUAGAAUAUUUGUCCAUGAUCAUACAGAUCUUCUUGUAGAUAUAUAUCUGAUUUGAUAGUUGACAACAACUUGAACAUUUCAAAUGUGUGUUCACAAAAAUAAUCCUUAAGCAAAUUGCCAUCCACAGUACCAGAUCAUUAGUUGUAAAUACAGCACAGCAGACUUGUUACCAAUGUAGAAUAUGUUAUUUUUAGAAAUUUCGUUGUAUGUGCUUUAGGCCUUAUGUGGAUUUAGUCACAAUGUAUAUGCAUCAUGUAAGUUAGUAUGAAUGAGUAAGAGUGAGAAGUGUUGUGUAUGUAUGGACAGGUAAAUUGUACUUCAUGUGCCAAUUUAUACCACAAUCUCAACUGAGUGUAGCAACUUCUUUAAAACUUUCAUAAACAUGACUGUAAUAAAGAAUCAAGAGCUAUGAAAUGUUUAUGUUCCAUUAAAAGAACUAUUUUGAUAUCA